GAAAGCGGAGCGCAAGUUGUGGAUCGCGGCCAGGAUGGCUCUGCGCUCUCUGGCUCGGUCGCUUCUGCUGUUGGUGGCGGUCGCUUUACGGGAGAGGUGCUUCGGUGCCUCCUCUCACUCCAUGAAGUUUUUCUACACUGGCAUUUCGGAGCCCAGUCAAGGGCAGCCCCACUUCGUCGCUCUGGGGUUUGUGGAUGAUCAACUCUUCAGUUCCUACGACAGCAACAGCCGAAAGAGGCAGCCUCGCGUCUCCUGGAUGGAGAAAGUGGGGAAGGAGGAUCCCCAGUACUGGGACAGAAACACCCAAGUAUUACGUGGCAUUGAGGAGCUGUUCAGAGAAGGCCUGGAGACUCUGAGGAGUCGCUACAACCAGAGCGAAGAGCUGUUGUCACUCGCUGGAUCUCGUGCCUCCUCAUUCGCCCAAUCCAACAUUGGCGACAAAGGUAGGAUCGAGGCUGGCAUGAGGGAGCUGAACGGACCGAAGAAGACACCUGACGACUCCGCAUCCAUCCAGGUAGACCAGCCCUUGCCGAAGCCAAGACCACGAGAUGGCUGCCUACAAUGCACCGAAGCCGUUCAACCCAGCUACUGAAAAGUGGGGAUCGUACAUGGCCCAAUUUGACUGUUUCCACAAGACCAACGAUUUCCAAGGGCUGCCGGACAAUCGGAAGCGAGCAUACUUCCUAAGCCAUUGCAGCCCUGCAGUCUUCGACAUUGCUGAAUUGCUCUCGGAGCCGACGCCAGUCCAGGCCGUACCCUGGCACAUCCUCAAAGAGACCUUCAGGGCACACUAUGCCCCAAUGCCAUCCAAAUUCAUGCAGUGGUACGAAUUCCACCAGCGGCUUCAGGAAGAAGGCGAACCGAUCAGCACCUACAUCGCCACCCUGCGCAAGGCAGCCACCCAUUGCGAGU